AUGGUCGUAGCGUAUGAUGCUCAUGAUGGAUAUCAUGAUGAUUCGGAUGGAGGAGAUUCAUGGCAUUCAGAAGAAAUGAAGACACCUCCAGCCUCCGAAGAUGAGCUAUCUGAGGUGGAAUCUGACGAUGUAUUUCCUGUGUUUAACGAAAGUGCUACAUUUGGAGAGCUACGACUUGAAGUUGGUAUGAAAUUUAACACAAAGCAAGAAUUUAGAGAGGCUAUCCGGGAGUAUUGUAUCCAGGAAGGUAGGAGGAUUUGGUACAAGAAGAAUGAUAAAGAAAGGUGUAGAGCCUUGUGCAAGACUAAAGAGUGUGACUGGGUGGUUUAUGCCUCAAAGGAUACUGAGGGGGUUUGCUGGCAGAUAAAAACUUUUAAUGAUGAUAAUACAUGUGCAAGGGAGUACAAAAAUAGGUUGGCAAAUAGAAGAUGGUUAGCAUGUAAGCUAGUGAAGAAGUUAAGGAAGUUUUCUAAUCUAAAGCACUCUGAAGCUCUUGCCUACUUCAAGAGAAAAUGUGACUUGGAUCUUAAUAAAUCUUCUGUUACAAGGGCUUUAGGAGAUGCAAGGCACAUAGUAUAUGGAGAUGCAGCUGCUCAGUAUAAUAUGGUUAGAGACUACGAUGAAUGCAAGAGAGGAUUUAAGGUUGGGUGUAGACCCCUUAUAGGGUUGGAUGGAGCUUUUUUAAAGACAUGCUUUGGUGGACAAAUCUUAUCAGCCAUUGGACAAGAUGCAAACAACCAAAUUUAUGUCAUAGCCUAUGCAAUUGUGAGUGUAGAAAACAAAGAGAAUUGGAAAUGGUUCUUGGAUUUGCUACUUGAAGAUCUUGGUGAUUACCAACCUGGAUGGUCCUUCAUUUUUGACAUGCAAAAGCACUUCGGGAAGUCAUUCCAAAUAUGCAUCACAGAUUUUGUGUAUGGCAUUUGUGGAAAAACUUUAACAAGCAAUGAAAGGACAAUGAACUUAGAGAAUUAUUGUGGGAAUGUGCAAGGUCAACAACACAAGAAGGGUGGAUUGAGGGAAUGA